UUGCUUUGUCGUUAGUUAGUUCGGUCGUGUGAUAAGUCCUUUGUGUAGCGAUUGAGCGUAGAAAAGGAAGGAAAAUUGUCGCUGCACAAAAGAACGACAGCUAGUGAACGGUGAAAGUCUUGCCACCGAUUCGUCUGUAAACGAAUCGUUUACCGUAUUGAUUGAGUAGUCUCAAUAGCACUCCGCGCUCAUAGCGCUCAGUUGACGACAGUACGACAACGUCGACAACACGUUCGGUUAUCUCAAUUUUUGUGAUCCGUUAAAAUAAAUAUUUCGUAUAGAACAAAUGGUGCGGUAAACGAAGAGUUACUUAUGCGACCAGUGCCGGGCACUUUGAGUUGUGCCGUCGCGCGUCUGCACGCCCGAAAGCUGUGUGUGUAACUUCACGUCUGCGGUCUAUGUGUUUCGAGUCUAAUAAUGUGUAGGACUAAAGAAGAAUCCAUGUUGUGUUACCUUGUCCAUAAAUUGUAGUUAAUUUAAUUUUCAAUGUUCAGAAUGGAUAAAGUAAAUAAAUUCAUUCGACCAAUAGGAUUCAGGCGGCGAACAAGAUCUGCCAGUAGCGUUGCAUAUCCUGAUAAUAAAGCUCAAAGUGAUGAUUCUAGUAGUAAUUCCAAAGAUGUAGGAGUGUCUAGUAUUUAUCACAGUGAUUCAGAUGAUAUAAGUGGUGCUCAACAACCAAUUCGAUUUGCUUUACUAUCAAAACAUUUAAUGCAUUUGGAAUCAGAUUCUGUUAAUGAAAAUUUUACUCCUGGGAGACCGUUCACUAGAAGAAAAAGAAAAUUUAAAAAAAUGAUAGUAGAUCCUGAUGUAAAGUUUCCUUCACAAAUUACAAGUAGUUGUUCUCAAAGUAGUAGCAGUGAGAAGAGAAGAACUACACGUCACUCGGCUAGCAUGCCAAGAAACUGUGGAUCAUUGAUCUUGGCUAUUGGUAAAAGAAAACGCAGUAAUCGAGAAAUUAUAGCUGGUAGUUGUCACCAGGGUACUUCAAAUAUAAAAUCAAUGGAUAUAGACAUUGCUAGUAGCUCAAGUAGUAUUAGUUCCUCAGAAAGUGAAGCUGGUAUUUUUACUAAUGAUGAAGGAAGAGAAGGGGAUGAUGAACAGAGUGAUUGGGUCGGUAAUGCAUGUGGAGCUGGUGGAGUAACUGAUGAUGAUGCUGAACCAAUGAAAAUUGAUUGUCAGAAAUUAUUAUCUGUAAAUUUACAAAAUAGUGCUUUAACUGAAGGAAGAGGACCUGGACGUAUGCCAGUGUGGCAUAGAAAUACUUUUCUUAAGAAGAGUGAUAGAGAAAUUCGUGGAGGUUUACGCAGAGUUCGAUCAGUUAAACCUAGUUUCUCUGUCAUAACUUCAGCUAAUGAAAAAGUAUCUCGUUUUUUACGAGAUCCAGCUCAGUCUGAAUUAAGACUGCAUCCAAUGCCAAAAAAGGAACAAGAUCAACUGUCGCAUUUAGCAGAAAUGUAUUCUCUUCAUAUGCAACUUAAUGACUCACCAAAAAAAGGAGUUACUUUGACCAAAACUGACAAUACAAUUCAAGUAGAUUUAGAAGCUCCAUUUUCUCAUCUGAAUCCAUCAAAAGAUCACAAAAGAAAGAAAUCUGCAUCUUCUGAAUUAAGUUUAGGCUUGCAAGCAUUACAUAAUCAAGCAUGGAUACCUAUAGUUCUUGAAGACAAGCCUUGUACAUCAUCUCAAACAGAAACAUCAAAUCAGAACAAAUGAACAUGAUUAUAUAUUUGUGCCAACUAGUAAGGCUGAAACUAAAAAAUGCAGCUUUAACAUGCUUGUUUUACUAUUUAUAUAUA